CCACCGGGGCCACUGGCACGUCGUAGCCCGUCUACGGACAGACAAGCCCUGCUCAACUGGGACAUCCUCGCCGAGGUCAUGUCGUUCGUCCCUCGCGCGGACGCAAGUCGGAUGGCGCGCACGUGCCGCACACUACUCCAAGUGGCCCCGCGGUACCUUUUGGCAGGCACGGUCACGCUACCUUCCGGACGGCAGUGUCGGUCGUUCUGCAAGUUUAUGUUGCGUCCCGACAGGAAAGACAGUUUUCGCUACCUCCGACGGCUCAGCAUCUCGUUGGCAUUCAAUGUGAUCGGACAGUGUGGCAUGUCCUUCGGCACUGUUUUCGCCCAGGCCACAGAGCUCGAGUGGCUUGAUCUCGGUAGGGGCUCCGUCCUUGACGAAGACGACCGCAUUUCCGAUGCGGUGGCGGCUAUGACGAAGCUGCGGGUCCUGCUUAUCCAGAGUCCUACUCCCACAACACUUAAGACGUUAAAGGAUAUGCAAGCACCUCUGACCGCAGUCGAUGCAGAUUUCUUCGGCUAUAACGGCCGGUGUAGGGAUCCCGUCGUCGUCUUUUCCCCCUUCAAGGAGUCACUGGAGACCAUGAAAGUAGCGUCGGUCCACUUCAGCAAGCCAGACGUGCGGUACCACCGCGUCACGUCUCUCACAGCGCAAGACUGCCACAACGUCCACUUGCUGAACAUGGUUCGAUGCUUCCCCAACCUACAGGACCUGCACCUGGAGGUUGGACAGGGCGCCGUGUCCUCAGAGUGGUUCAUAGAUAGUCAGAGAUCCCAGAAUCUAGAGGCACGAGCCCAGGUCGUCUGGCAGUCGCUUACACGUCUCUCGGGCAACCUAGUCUGCCUGUACACACUGGCCCUGUGCCACAGCGUUGAUCACCUCUGCGUGGCAUCGUCUAUGCUGACGCCGGCCGACGAAGAGCGACUCAGCGCCGUUCUCCGAGACCUGCGCGGUCUGCACAGCCUCUAUCUCAAGCUCAAGGCGCCCGACUUCGACACCGCGACCUUGGAUAGAGCCCUUGCUCCGGUGAAAGCAACCUUGGCCGAACUGAUGCUGCGCCUCGAAUACCGCGGGCGGAACUACCGCGAAGUUCCCGCCUAUACGAACGCAAUGAUCGAGUCUCUCUCGGCUUUCCCGCUUCACACGCUGCGUCUAUGCAUCAAAUGGUACUACAACGGUCCAAAAGGAGAUCCUAUGUUUGACUCCAACUUCAAUCACUUAAGCAUCGCCGAGCAUGCCAUGCGCUGCAUCGCGAGCCUGCGGUACAUCUACGUGGAGAUCGAGCCCACCGCUACCGAGUUCGACAUAGAGAGUAAAGUGGAAGGCGACGGGCGACUGGUCAGAUUUCUUCAGCCGCUCGAAGAGCAAUGGAGCCUCGCAGACCCCGACGCUCUGUUCAGCAACGAUUUUCUCGAGUCAUGGUGGCAAGUGACUGGCAGCUGAGCGUGUGUGGAUAUCACAAUCGUGUUUCUAGUAUGCUUCUAGCGUGUUUUCGUAUGGCUAGUAAUUUUAGUGACUGUGCGUAAGC